AUGUGGGCCCAUCCUCCACUUCGCCUUGCGCAAGCUCAUAAACGAGCAGAAGAUUUGACUCGCUGCCCUCAUGAUUUCCAAGGAUCUGUGAAGAACGGGUCAAGUAUAAGUCCUUAUAUGGCCAGGUCGAGAGUGCCAUUGUCCUCGAUGGAUCAGAGAAGCGGCUCGCCAGCACUUGCUUAUGGAGGAGACCCACUCGACCAACCGGUAAGGCUGGAAGUUUAUACUAGUCAUAUUGCUUUACAUAAGGGAAGAGCCUUACAGCGUCUCAAAACGGCACCUGGAAAGCUGAUUCCGGAAGUCAACAUCCCUUUGGCGUUCCUUGUCCCGCUUGCAAGAUGGACUUAUAACAUUCUGGUUCCUCCUUUGCCAGGGUACGGCCGAGAUGAGAUUGCCAUGGGUGCCGAGCGCUGUUCAGUGUUCAGUAUCCGCCGUCUGGCUUUUUCCAAGAUGAAUCGAGAGCGUAGCUCCUCAAAGCCAGAGCGGAACCUCAUCACAGGAUCGCUCUACAACGUGUCACCGUACUGGCCAAUACAAAAAGCAUGCCAAGCACCGCAGACAACCUUAUUGCGCCUCCGGACGGGUCCCUUGCCCAUGUUGAGUAUGUCGAAGUUGCAAAGCGCACAGCAUCGCAACGAGAACGAGCGCGAGAACAUGUCGUUGCCCACAAAUUCACAUAUACGCAUCGCUGCUGGAUGUCGAAAAGAGCGAACGCGGCGAGAUUGUGAAUGUGGCUUGCAGAUGCUUUCACAGUCGCAUGAUCCGUCCCGAUCUCAAGUUGCUUCUCGAACUCCAGUUAAGAUCGGUAUGGUGACGGAGAUGAGAAUGCCCUAUGCAUUGGUACUGCAAGAGAAGCAGGAUACGGAAGCCCAACUAGGAAAUACGUGGGUCCAGACGAAGAAAGCAUUCUAUCUUCGAUAUUCAAACCACAUUGCCAUGAAGAUCCAAGACAAUAAACCACUCGGAAUAGCCGAAGGUGGGGCUCGAACCCACGACCUUGAGGUGUCCUUUUCUGGGUGUGAGAACCCAGAUAAGAGCCACACGCUCUACCGAUUGAGCUACCCCGGCAACGAGGCUGUUGUUGAGGGUGGAGAAUUCAGUAGCGUAUAUGACAGCUCAAAUACGGCCCGUAUUUGGGCUUCAAUUACGGCGUGGGGGCCGGAUUCAUCUCCACCUCAGUCGGCCUUGGCCCAGCAGGUAAUGGUUCCUGGUCAGCCAGCUUUUCAUCCUAGACAAGGAGUGAACAGCAAAGGAGAAGAAAGUUGUAGACAGGUUGAGAGCUGCAGAUUCGGCUUGAAGACUGAUGGGUUGUAG